UACAUAAUUUUUUUAUUUUUUAACUACCAUCAUGACUUGUGAUGAAGUUUGAUGUUACUGCUUCCACUUGAGUAACGGUGAACCUUGUCUCUUGUUCCUUUCUUCACCUCUCAGGCAUAUAAAAUAGGCUUCAUUCUUGCUUUUAGUGCAUGUAUUGUGUUUCUUUCAUUACUAGAAAAGUCACUUGAGAGAAAACCCACUUUUAGUUUAGUUCUACUCAUCCAUAGCUAAUAAAUUUCAUUCUCACAUGAAAAUCCCUCCUUUCAAGCCUUUAUAGAGUUCACAGGAGUGUAGCAUAUGACAAAAUCUAGUUGGGGUUACUGCACUUAGGACGUACAUUUUGGGUCGUUGAGCAAACCUUUAUCAGUUUCCCUACAUUUUGUUGACCAGUGAUCUACAUGGGAAAAUGGGUCUUGAAUCUUGUUGACAUCUUUUCUUAUUCAUAAUUUUCUUUGGGUUGCUCAGCGCUCAGCUUUUGGCUUUUCAAAAAUUUGACCUUCUUCAGCUUUUCCUUUUUGUUCCCUUAUCUUGAUUUUAACUUAUAAUGCUUGCUGGUUUGCCAUAGAUCACUUUUCACAAUGCAGGUGAAGAAAUUGUGUGGGUUAGAUUAGCUGUAGGGGAAAAAAGCUCGGUAGACAUGGGUAGGCUCAAUUUUGGCAAGGUAUUGGAUUGCUUUUGUCUGAGUUCAGGUUCAUCAAGCUCAUGCUUCCGCUUGAAUUCCUUGGAAAGUCAUGAUGAUGAGUUCGAGGAAAAUCCUCUUCUGCAAAUGAAAAAGGGCCAGGUCCUCAGAUUCAAAGAUGUUGUUUCUGGUAACCAAACCUUGGCCUUUCAAUUGAAGCCCAAGAUGGUGGUGCUAAAGGUGUCUAUGCACUGCAACGGCUGUGCAAGGAAGGUAGAGAAACAUGUUUCAAAAUUGGAAGGAGUAACCACAUACAAAGUUGACCUGAAAAGCAAGAUGGUGGUUGUUCUUGGAGAUAUUAUUCCUUUUGAAGUGCUAGAAAGUGUCUCCAAGGUGAAAUAUGCUGAGCUUUGGAAUUCUCCAUCCUGAUAUUUCUUUUCUUUUUUUCUUUCAAUUUUGGGAAAAGAAAUUAUUUAAAUUAAAACAAUCCUCCUCCUUUGAAUUAAUUUUUUCAGUAAAAUUAAAUUUAAUCUAUUUUCCCUAUACAAUAUUAAAAUAUAAACCACCUGUAGGCUCUAAAUAUUAAUAUAACCUGCAUGACAAACAUGGCUUGCUCUCAUAUGCCGUGUAAUAUUUAUGUUAUUGUUAAUUUUCCAUCUGGUGUAAUUUUUAUUUAUUUGGCACCACGUUCUGAAUU